CCGGGCGAUCGGGAAUAAGUCUCGCUCCAAUUUUCUCGUGCGGAUGGAUCGAUCGAUCGAGGUAUGAGCGGCUGCUGAGAAGUGAUUGCGGACGACGAGAUGAUCGCGGCCAUGGCUGGCAACGCAUUUGCGGCAUCGUGCCCGUGCUCCACAGUUCACAGGCUCCGGAUGUCGGAGUUUCGCAAGGAUUACGAUGCGCAGAGCUUCGCGAUGCCGCCGGGGAGCGCCAGAUCCAGGAAAUCCUUCAGCGUCUCGGCCAAGAGCGAGAGAAGAGGAGCUGCUUCCACAGCGAAAUCGGAGGGCAACAGGAGCUUCUCCAGGCGGUCUGUCAUGGGGCUCGUCGCGUUGGUGUCGCCAGUGCUGCUUAUCUCGGGAGGAGCAAAAUCCGACGUUCCACACAUAGAGGAAUCCGAGAAACUGAGGCUCGACAUGCUCCAAUCCAUCGAGAGGAGAAUUGCCAGCAGGGCGGAGAUAUUGGCAAGCAUUGAAACUCCUGCCAGUACCACUGCACCAUCUCUCAAGGAGGAAGCUAUAGCUAGCGUUUCAAGUGAAGAUUUAUCAGUCGGCAAGGAAGUGGAGACCGUUACCCCUGCUCCAUCUGUCAACGAGGAAGCUAUAGCUAGCGUUUCGAGCUCUGCCCCUGAAGAUUUAUCAGUCGGCAAGGAAGUGGAGCGCGUCUCAUCCGAUAUUGCAGCACUUCCGGAGUUGCAAGUUGCGGCCACUCCUCCGGUUUUAUCUUCCUCGGAUGAGAAAGUCGUAGAGGCAGUCACAGCUCUCGAAGAGAAAAGCUCUCCGGAGAGUGGACCGCUAGGAUUUUUAAAUCUAUUCGGUGUUGUCGGAUCGGGAGUUCUUGGUGCGCUAUAUUGGUUGGAAGGUCAAGCUAAAAAAGCUACGAAGAUGGCGUUAGCAGAGGCCAACUCGAAAUUGGAAGAAUCACAAGCUGCUAUAAUCGACAUAAAGAGAAAACAUCAUACGGAGUUGGCUGAUCAAAAGUCGGAUCUUAUGAAUAAGCUGACCGGAUCAGAAGAAGAACGUGUAGAACUUUGCAACGAAAUUACCAUCCUCAAGUCGAAUGCAAAGGAGAUGCAGCUAAAGCUGGACAGCCAGAAAAACGUCAAUCAGAACCUUGACAAGAAGGUGAAGGCCUACAGAGAAACAAUCCAGGCCCUGGAGAGCAGUGUGCAAGCCGUCGAAGACAAGCUUGUGCAGGAAGAGCAGCGAAGGCAAGGUCUAGAGACCGAAGUCCGGAAUGGAGGAGUUCAAAUACGAGAGAGAGAAGAAAAGCUCGUUGGUCUAGAGGCAACCAUUAAGGAACAGGAAAACACCGAGCAAGAGCUACGGUCAGACAUUUUCACUACGAGAACUGCGUUGGUCGACGCCGAGGACAGGAUACAAAACCUCGUGAAAGAGUUGAUCGUAUCGCAGUCAUGUCUGGAGGAGAGAGGGGACACUGUGCAUGAUUUGGAGGAACGUCUCGCGCAGGCAACAGCGAGAGCAGAGCAAGCGCAGCAAAGCUUGGCCAAAGCACAGGAGGAACUGACUGAGCUCCAAGCUGUGAGCAAGGAGCAGCUUCAAGUUGUAAAUGCGGCACUAGCUUCCAAGGAAGGCGAAGUACAGGCAGCAAACUUGGAGCUGGAUGCCGCUCGUGCCGAGGCUAAACAAUCCGGCCUCGUCAUAGAGAACUUCCAGCAGCAAGUGGAAGAACUGGAGCGAAUUGUGGCACGGGAGCACGAGUCAGUGCAAAAGUUGACAGAAGAUCUGAACUCCGCAGUCAAUAGCCUUCGAGCGAAGACGAACGAGGCGUCGGCACUGGGCGCCGAGCUGACGUCCUACCAGAAGGAAAUAGAGUCCCUGAGGAAGCAAAAGGAGGAGAGCAAGGCGAUGACGGAGACAAAGCUGAAAUCGCUGCGAGAGUCACUGCAAGCAGAGCAACUGGUGACGAGCCAGAUGAAGCAGGAGCUGGACAACACGCGGACGAGCUUCCAGGCGUCGUCGAUGGAGGUGAAGUCCCUGAGCGAGAAGCUGAAAGAAACGUUCCUGGUGAACAAGAAGGUGCAAGAGGAGCUGGAAGACGUCCGCCAGACGGCCGACGGCACCCUGGCUCUUCUAAACGACGAGAAGAAGAAGGUGGCACUGGCGGAGCAGCAGUACAUGGAGACGCAAAAGGCUCUGGCCAGGGAGGAGCUACUCGUCCAGAGCUUGAGGUCCGAGUUCUCCAAGGCCAUGGACGCCAUGAACGACCUCCGCAAGCACCUCAACGCUCUGUCCAAGGACUUGCAAGACGCAAACGUCAAGGUGGCGUCGCUGGAGACGGAGAAGGCCAUCCUCCAGGACGCACUCGCCAAGGAGACGAAGGUGGCCAGGAAGUUCAAGGACAAGGCGAGCUUCGCGGAGGGGGAGCUUACAAAGGUGGUGCGAGAGCGAGAAGGCUCGGUCUCCAAGGCUCGGAAGCUCGAGGACGAGCUCUCGGCGGCGGAGAGCGAGAUGGGGAAGCUCAAGCAGCAGAUGGUCGUGAUGGGGACCGUCAUCGACUCGGCCGAGACGAGGAUGGGAAGCAUCCACCAGGUAAAUGCCGAGGUAGCCUCUCUGGCUAGAAAGUUUGAGGGCGUCGUCUCAUCUAAUGUGGAACAAAAACAAACACUCAAGCGUCAGAUGGAUAAAUUGAAGGAGCAGUCCAAGGCAGCGUCUGAUAUCACCAGAGAGCUCAAGAACAUGAAGAGGCUGCUCAAUCACUUCCAACAGAAUCUAAAUGAAGCGGAGCUCGAUCGAGUAGAAGCUGAGGCUGCGUUGCAAGCGGCCGUGCAGAGAAACAUGGUGACAGUGUCGGAAGAAGCUACCAGUGAGUCAUAUUGUUUUUUCUUCUUGUGCGCUUGGCGGGCGAGAGCUAUGGAAAUCCCCGAGAAUCUCAAGGAGCGAUUCACUGCGAUGGGGAGCAAGCUCAAGAUCGGCGGCGCCGAGGUCGGCCGCAAGGUCUCGGCGCAGAUGACCGUGGUGGGAGGUAGGGUCAAGGAGCUGUUCCAGCCGCCAUCGCCGAGCGAGCGGAUGAUCGAGGAGGCGACGGCCGCGAACCUGCGAUCGCCGGACUGGGGGAGGUUCAUGGAAAUCUGCGACAUGCUUGGCGAUGGCCGGGUCUCCGGGCAGGACGUGGCGCGCGGGAUCAAGAAGAGGAUCGCGAACAAGAAUGCGGGCGUUCAGCUGCUGGCGCUGGCGCUGCUGGAGGCGUGCGUCAAGAACCACGAGAAGAUGUUCUCAGAGAUUGCGUCGGAGAGGAUUCUGGACGACAUGGUGAGGAUGGCCGAGGAUCCACAGGCGUGGCCGCGCUGCCGGGACAAGGCGCUGGCGAUGAUCGAGGCCUGGGGUGAGGCUACCGAGGAGCUUGGCUACUUGCCCGUCUACGAGGAGACUUACAAGAGCAUGAGAGCACGGGGAGUGAGAUUUCCUGGCCGCGACCCUUCGAGCUUGUCUCCCAUCUUUACGCCCAAAUCGUCACCUUCGGCUCCUUCUCUGCCGGAUAGCGCGAGUGGUUUCUCCGGGGCUAGCGUGAUCAACAUGGGACGUCUUUCGGACAGUGCCACUUUGGACGUUGCCAAGAACAGCGUCGAAGUUCUCUCAAACGUACUAACAUCCUCCAAUCAGCACCAGGAUGUUUCCAAAGACGAGCUUACCAUGUCUUUGGUCGAGCAAUGCAAGCAAGCGCAGCGUAGAGUGCAGCAAGUAGCUCAAAGAGCUGGCGAGGGCGACCCCAUACUCUUCCAGGCACUGGCCGUGAACGACGAGCUAGACCAGGUUCUUGAGAAGUUUAGCGAGUUCUGUGUCUCGUCCUCUUCGUCGCAGCAAAGCAAGCCAGCGGAACCGGCUCUCGUGACAGCCUUCGUCCAGGAAGAUCAGAGCUAUGACCCGCUAUCAGAUCUCGACGAAGAAGAGGAAGUGGCAAAGGCGCACCGAAAGGAACCGAACGAUCAUAUAUACAAUCGCCGCUAAAGAGACUUCGCAGCCA